CCUUGCCCCAUUACGCCGCCCUGAGGAGAAGCUUCGAUCAACAGAUCAGGAAACGCGUUACCAUUGCACUACCGCGAGUAUACGACUUUCCUGGCAAUAGUCUUCCGGAACAGCCUAAUCUCUAUGAAUCGGAAAGCAGGACCAGGAUUUUUCAAUGAUAAGCUAGUGCAACGUUUUGCGCUUUUCGGUUAAGUCCAACGAGCAAUCGAGGGUUCAGGAAAGCCUUGAAUAAAUAUAUGUUUUCGAGCCAAAACACGGGUAUAGUUAUUAAAACUGCGAUUUUUUUUUCAUUUUCUCAGCCGCUGCAAUCCCUCAGAAGUAUAAUCAACUAAGAAAUUCGAGUACAUCGCUCUAUUCACGGUUAACGCAACUGGCAGAUCUUUACUUUUUUUAAUCGUGAGUGAGAUUGGAUGCUUAGGUUCUCUUACAAUGAGCCGCUGCAAACCGUAAUCGAUAGAAUAAAACACAUUUCAUUGCUUACUGUUGAUAUUAAACCUUGUUUAUUAUUGUAGUUUGUAUGACUAACAACCUAAAUCUUUUUUAAAUAGUAACUCUGCGAAAAAAUCCAUGGGCUCUUAUCGGUUGGGAAGCAACUAUUCUGUCACCACGCCUCAGAACCAGCUGGGUCUGACAAAAUUGGCAUUGGGUAGUAUAAUUAUAUCUUUGUGCCCACAGUAUCUUGAGGCCCAUAUAAAGCUUAUUUCAACUUGCGUUUGCGUGGUGUUUCAUUAAGCAAUUGGUGAUUUCAAUACACUUAAUGUGUCCUCUAUAGGGCGGCCGCUGUCCACGAACUGGCUGGUAGACGCAGUCAGCCAGCGUUCUAUGACAGCACUAUGCAUCGAGUGGAUACAUAAAAAAGUUUUGUAAAGUGUUAAUGUGCUUCUUUUGGUGAUGACUAGAGUGGCCAAUUAACAUAGAAAAUGUUUCGUCAUGCAUAGUGCGAGUUGGCUAGCCAUACAGAGUAUGAUAAGGAUUUAUAUUGCAGUUAACAUUGGUAGUCUUUUACUUGGCUUGUACGAAAGGCUGGAGCAACCUCCGUUUGCCAAUUCUUAAGUAUAGUCAUACCGGAUGUUCUCGCUGUUACUUAGACCUAUGUAUGUCGAAUUCUCUUUGUGUGACUACGUUGUGCCUAAGUGAGAUAUUUGAGUGUAAUAUCUGUAGUGUAAAACCGAUGCGCGUCCAAACUGGGGUGGGCCAUCGUCAAAGACAAGAACGAGGAUGAAGCUCACAGCUGACUCUACGGAGCACCGGUAAGGUCGAAUCGCGUGCGAUCUGGGUACUGCAGGUGUAGAUGAUCUAAACCGUAUCGGCGAAAUGGCCGUAGAUAAGACCGCCAAUCACAGAACGGCAAACCGUGCGCCUGGACAACAAUCCCUGCAGCAGCAACAACAACAGCAAGACGCCGAACUCGCGAACGGCGCCGCCCAGCCAGUCGUUUCAAAGGAACUGCAAGCCGUAGAUGUAAAGUUUCUUGACGAUCACGUCGAGACGUUCCAAGUCGCUGCUCGGGCCGAUGGACAAGUGCUAUUCGACAAAGUUUGUCAUGUGCUCAACAUCCUCGAGCGGGAGUACUUCGGCCUGGAGUAUCAGGACACGCAGGGUACACGCUAUUGGCUAGAUUAUGGGAAACGAAUGGGCGAUCAGCUCGGACUGGGAAAUCGACCCCAACCAAUGAUGGAGUUUGCAGUGAAGUUCUAUGUACCUGACCCGGCCCAGCUUGAGGAAGAGCAUACGCGAUAUCUGUUCGCGUUGCAAAUUAAGAAGGAUCUGGCUUCAGGCGACCUGCCUGUCCCAGAGGACGUCGCUGCUCUACUUUGCUCAUACAUUGUUCAGGCCACAUUUGGUGAUUUUAUGGUGUCGGAGUGCGCCGAUGGCGAGUACCUGUCACGGACGAAGUUUCUACCAACCCAAACUCGAAAAUUUGAAGAGGCAGUAAUGAGCCACCAUCGAAGGCAUUUCGGUCAGUCUCCUUUGGACGCCGAGCUAAACCUACUUGAUCAUGUUCGCAAAUGUGACCUUUAUGGUGUAAAAAUGGUUGCCGCCAAGGACACCCAAGACAUUCCGCUCAACUUAGCCGUUGCACAUAUGGGUCUCUUAGUCUUGCAGAGUACGACUCGAAUAAACACAUUUUCAUGGAACAGUAUCCGAAAACUGAGCUUCAAACGAAAGCGUUUCCUUAUUAAGUUUCAUCCGAGCGAAGGCUAUGGAUAUUAUAAGAAGGUGGAAGAAUUCACUUUUGCUUCAAGGAAUGCUGCAAAAAGCUUUUGGAAACGUUGCAUUGAGAACCACUGUUUUUUCCGACUAAGUGAGCUACCGAAGUCUCCGUCGAGGCACAAAACACGCAUUUUUUCACGGGGUUCAUCGUUCCGAUAUUCAGGCCGUACUCAAAAGCAGAUCAUCGAACAGGUAAGAGAGAGCGGUGAUUUGGCUCGUCGACCAUUUACCCGUUCGGUGAGUCUGCGUCACACUCUUUUGCCUGCACCUCCAAAAUGCGUACGAAGAUCAUUAAUUGCUCCGCCUCCGGCCUCAACAUCGUCGCCUAUAGUCGAGGAAAAGAGAUUCAGUGAUCCGCCUGGCGAACGGAGAUCGAUUUCAUCGAGAAAUUCGGCUACCGAGUUGAACAAAACCGACCUAAGAAAUGACCACAUUGUGCACCGGGGGAACAUUGAAAAACGAUCCUCAAUAAUUAAAGACGCUAAUGCUAAUAGCGUACGAAUUAUAACUGAUCAAAACCGAAACGGAGUAUUUGUCGAUAGUGAGCUCUGCAGAAAUCUCUUUCUUGAGCUGCACUCCACCCCCAUGGAUAACCGUCUAAAUAGCUUCGAUCGUCGAGCUUCAUUACAAAAACAGGAGACAAGCUACUACGUAUCAAAGGAAUUGCUCAUGACCGAACGAACGUAUAGGCGCGACCUCGAGAUUAUUACGUUCUGGUUUAGGGAUCAUUUUGACGAUGAUAAAGGCCACAAAAGCAUUUCCAGCGCAGACGAAUCCGAGGAACUGACAACAGAAUUUAUUGGGCGUUUGUUCCAAUUACUGGAUCCUAUUAAUAAGCUGCACGGUCGACUGCUGCGAGAUCUAGAGCAUCGGAUCGCAGCGAUGGAAGGCCGUCCCGUGACUGGCACGAACUCUUUCGAGGGUGUUGGAAGCCUUCUUCUCGAGUAUAGUUCGGUGCUGGCGCAUUAUAAAGCUUAUGCUAGUGAGCUUCCUGCCCUGCUCGAGGCCUAUGAAAAGGCGUUUAAUCAAAAUACGAGCUUUCGCUGUACGAUCGAGAGUUUUGAGACAAACAAAGUCUGCUACGUGCCCUUGGCACUGCUGUUUACGCGUCCGUUGCAUCGGCUUUUGCACUAUUCGAGGGCAUGCACUAAACUUACAAAAUUUUACUCGAGUGAUCAUCCUGAUCGUGCGUUCUGCGAAGAGGUCAUCGAAAAACUAAAGCCAAUCAUCGCCGGAAUGGCCGCCCAGGUCCAUCAGGCCAAGAACCAAGUCAAACUCAUGGAGCUGGAACGCGAUCUUAGUGGCGUUGAUUCAAUUUUGGAAAAGCAGUUUCUCCGUGAGGGAUCCCUAAUGAAGUUAUCGAAGAAGGGAUAUCAGCAGCGUAUGUUUUUCCUAUUCAGUGAUUGUCUCGUGUAUGCUAACAAAAUCAAUGACGAUCCUGGUCUCAGGUUUCGAGCCCAUGGUCAAAUUCAACUGAAAGGUGUCAUGGUCGAGGUAAGUGAACCUCGCGUCGGUAUGGAGCAUUGCUUCACAAUUUAUGCACCCCACCGUGCCCUCAUGGUAGCUGCGCCCAGUGAAGCGGAGCGUGAACGAUGGAUCGUGGCAAUUCAACGAGCGGUCGACGCUUGCUCUUCACCCGAGGACGACAUUAAUGCCUACAGUACGCUUCAAUCAUGUGCGUCCUCCGACGAUGGCUUGAGCUCCGUUGGCGCCGCGAGCAACCGCAGCAGUAUCGCUAGCAGUCAUCAGAUACUAAAUCCCGCAGUGAUCGCUCAGCUCAGCAAAAGCAAUCAAUACCCUCGAUGCAACACAACGCUUCACGUCUGUUGGUUACGCCAAAUCAGCGUCAGUCGCGAAGACUACGAGAGAGCCGGACUAAGCCACCAUAUGUCUGGUUAUUUGUUGCGCAAGUUCAAACACUCAACAGGCUGGCAGAAACUUUGGAUCGUGUUUAGCGAUUUCAGCCUGUUCUUCUAUAAAUCGUAUCAAGACACGACGCCUUUAGCGUGCUUGCCGCUGCUUGGUUACAACGUGAGCACGCCGAAUGUCGAAGAUGCGAUCGAAAAACAGUUUGUGCUCAAGUUGCAGUUUAAAGCACACACGUAUUUCUUUCGUGCGGAGAGCGACUAUACGUUUCAGCGAUGGCUCGAAGCAAUUGGUUCCGUCACUGUUUAGCCAUAACCUUAUGAGCCGAUAAAUGGAGGUUUUUAGGGCGUUCCUCCAUACUGAGAGGUGAAGCAAACGAUAACUUUAGGCCAGUACCUGCUAACGUCAUCUAUGACAGAGAGGAGAUGAAGACGCGGUCCGAUCAGCUAAAUAUCGCAAAGUGGAACGGCACAUUGCCAUCACAGCAAUAGCAAUGAUAAAGUGAUAUCAUUCAUAGCACGGUGUCUCUUUGUCUCUGAAAAAAAUGCCCUUGCCAAAUAGGUUCACAAAAAACUAAAUAUCGAAUUUCACCAGUGCUUCAAGCAACUUACUACGAUGCGCGAAGUGCGACUUCGUAGCCCAUAAUCAUGCUGCAUUUGUCUACCACGCACAAGUCCAUGCAUCUGAACAGUGCAAGCCUUUCGGCUGUAAUUACUGUGACUACCAGACAUCUCAUUCUUCCGACCUCGGACGUCACAUCCGGUAUACGCACCAGAGCGUUCUAAAGACCUAUUCGUGCGAUAUGUGUCCCUUCACGGCAGAGCGGGUCGCUCAUCUUCAGAAACACUACAAAACUGAUCACAAUGUCACCAUAUGACAGAAUGUGCUACGCGCGGUACGUUACAGGCGAAUUGUGACUAAACAAGCCAACCAGAUGGAAGAAGCAGUCAAGAAAAUGAAAUAGAAAAUAUCAAGGCUUAGAAGAAAAGAAGUUCUGUAAAGGAAACGCCGAAGCAUGGAAGUAGGACAUCUAUAUAUAUAUAUAUAUAUAUAUAUAUAUAUAUAUAUACUUGUACUGUAUUACGGUUAUGAUCGUGAUUGUGAAGUGGAUCCACAGGGCUUUCAAGUGCUGCUGGAUUGUAAUUUUUUUACUGCAAGGGUAAAACAGUUAUUUUGAUUCACCACCGAUAACGAAAUGUGUAAUAAGUAUCAACCAACAUAUAGCGGAAACGUUAUAUUCUCUUUCACAAAUGUUUUACGUUGAUUCUUCGUAUGUGUUCUGCUCAUGCUGAUCGGUGAUCUUCAGCGUGGUCUACUUCAAACCUUUAUUAGCCUUGAAACUUACUGAAUUAUUAACCGGUCUGUGGCUUUAAAAAAAUAUUUAAUGAUUUAAAACGAAUAGUACAAAUCGCUGUUCCGGUUUUACACAUGCAAUGAUCUGCAUUCAGUCAUUACUUCACUUAAAAGCUAGGAAAUGAUCGCUUAUCAUUCGUGAUUGUAGUUGAUAACAUCCCACAACAACAACGAGCUUUCUCUACCACCCUUUCAAAACCUUUUCCGCAAAACUGCAGGCGAUGUUGUUCGACAAAGAGCAUCAAUGUGUAGUGAUGUGGAAAUACUAAUUCCACGCAUUAUAUUCAUCGUAUUUGAAUUGUAUAUGAUGUUUCGAACAAUGCAUGCUACCUUAUGGUUCGAACCUUGGCUUUGUUAAGCAAGUCAUCUACAACACAAAAGCCUAUCUAGAUUUUUGCCUAAUUCAACGUGUUAUCACAGCUAAAUGGCUUUCUUCCUGAGAUAUACCGCUGUUUUUUAGACACUGCGUGAAUAAGCAGUUCUUGCAAACCAGCCUAAGCCAUUAGCAUUAUAUACAAACAAAUGUGUGAUUUUUUUAUUUAACUGCAAAGGAACUUAGAAAGACGUCUACCAUAAGUAAACAUUUAUGUUCAUAUUGUUUGUGAGUACCAAUGCGCAAUCAAGCUGUUUUCUAGAUUUCCUUUGCCUAACGUGCUAAAAAACAAUUCUAAAUUAACCGUUUACAGUAAUGUUAAAAAACAUGAGUAUCUAGGACUUGGUUCUUGUUCGAAGUCAGCUACGCAGUGCCUCUAACACUUACUUACAUUCGUGUCGCGUGCGAAUAACAAAAAACAUUAAUUUUAUCUCACCAGUAUAGAAAGCAUACCAAGCAAGAGAAGUUAACCACAUAAACUAUCUAUAACAUAGAGUAGCAUGAAUGUGCGUUUAGACAAGAUUAUUUACGCGUUAUUUUCUAAGAUUGUUUGUAAAAUGAAUUAACCAUUAGAUCGUAUGUCAGUGCCAUGCUAUUACGCAGAAGGAGAUAUUGGAUAGGUUGCCAAUCUAUUGAUAUCUCCCUUUGGCACUGGUGGGAAACUUGGUCCACAUUAAAUCCUAACUGUUCCGGCCUAACGUGGCCCGGAUAUUCCGUAGACACACUCCUCGAUAUACAUCCAAACCAAGUGCUUAUAUUAACACGUUCGUUAGAUUGGCAAAGUUUUUAAUCAAAUUAUUUAUUUCAAAUGUAUUAUCAAAGCUUCACCACUUUCAACUGUUGGAUCGUAAACAUAUGAUUAGGCUGAUUAAUGAAUCUACAAAAGUUCCUAAUCGAGCGCAAAACUGUUACUUUAUCAUAUACCACGCUAUUGUUGAGUCCAGUGCGUGUAAUGUUUACAGCGUCGUACCGUAAUUUAUCCAGUAGGAUUCGUAAUUGUGCAUUAUAUAUAUACAUUUAUACAUAUACACAUAUGCAUGCGUAUAAAGUAGAAUAUGUCACUUCGAAAGUAAUCUUCAGUUCAAUCUAUCGUGAGAUCUAUUUACUUUCAGCAAAUCCUAGCUGACGAGAAUAAAUUAUUUAUUCGAGAAAAAUAUCAUUCGACAAUGCGAUUUCUUCCCUGGUAUUAUCGCAUAUGCAUUUGUAGAAUACAAAUAUGAAAAACAUUUCAAUUUAACUUUAUUGAUCUGAAAUAGUAGCUGAACUUCAUAGGUCAAGAUACGUCUGGUGCGAAAAAGACUGCCGCAGAGCUUAACUUUAUAAUAAUAGCUUGAUGUAUUUAUUUCCAAAUAGAAAGUAUGCUACAGAAGCGUCUUCCUACAGUGCCAAAAUGCUUGCUUAAGCGUCCUAGCAGUAACUUUCAAAUAAGCAAAACAAAGACGUGACUAUUUAUCGCAUUAUAAAAUGUAUCCUUGCCAUAUCUUUGUUGUGCGCACUGUUUGUCGGUGAUAAUCGAUCAUCAAGGUAAAAUACAUGAGGCUACCCAGCCAUUACUAUACCGCUACGGCCACACUUGUCGGAAUAUCGAUUCCACGAAUAUUAAACUCGAUGUAACUUUUCUGUGGGAAAAUCUUAAGUCCACAGAGUAAAUGCAGCUCCUUCAAAAAUCAUACGGGAAGUCCUGGCCGUGCGUUAAAGUGCGUAUUGUGGAUUUCGACGGUAAUUACAUUUAUUUUAUAUCAUAUGGUGAAAUAUAGAAGGAGUUCAAACAUGGCCAAAUGCAGGAUAAUUCGAUUUUCGCACUCAGUCACCGCAGACCAAUCUUGAUGUUUAGAGACGCCUGUUCCUAUGAAUCCUCAAAACGAAUAAACGGAAUACUGAAUAAGGGUUAGGGAGAAAGUAAAACUUUAAACCAUCGUAUAGACUAAUGAGGUGCGUUUGGAAAAUAUAUAUACAGGAUUAUAUAUAACGAGCUCAGUAAUAAUAAUGCUGUAAAUAGUGUAUCUACGUUCGGUGUAUGAGCCAUCGUUUUCAGCAGAACAAACAAACGUAUUGACGUCUCUACGGGUACUAAAGAUCAUUUGGUUCUCAGAACCGAUUUGCCAAGUGAGUAAUGUUAGUUAACGAUAAUGAUCUAUUAACAGCGAAAAUAUAUUCAUUAAAGAUGUUUUUCACAAACACUAGAUAAUGCAAUAUCAUAUUUCCAAUAACAGUGAUGACUUUUUCUUCUGUUAUUGUCGACUUGUGUUCUUUCGCCUUAUUUUUGUGUUAUUUCUUUAUGAUAUCAUGUUAAAGACGUGUUAAAAACAAAAUGAUUUGUUUUUAUUGAAUCAAAGAAUUUUGAUUAUUUGCUCUAUCAAUGUAAUACUUUCCUGCCAAAGAUUGAAAAAAAACUCAUAGGAAUUUUGGUUCUAUAGUACCAUGCUUUUUCUUAUUGUUUUUUUGCCAAAUAACAAUUCAAAGUCCAAAUUUACUUCAACCGGUACUUCAUCUCUUACUUACAAAGCAAAGCAUUAUAGUAUUGAAACAGUACGUUUUGAUGUGAGGCCGUUAGAUAUGCACUUAAUUUCUACUUUUUCGUAUCUUUCAUGUAAUCUAAUCAGUCGGUGUUUUAUAUUAAUAACUGUUUUUUUAACAAAUAAAACUACCUAGAGAAUUGUGCUUUUAUUUUUUAGCUUAUCUACAGACGUUCGUCUUUCUUCAUAAAACGUGCUUCGACUUAUUAUGUUAUAGUAUUUACAUGUUCCAUAGCGUUUAUAUCGGUGGAUGAGCCUGUGGGCAUGAUAAUUAGGGCAGGUGUGCUCACGUGAACAAUGUGUAAUAGCAUGACACAAAACCCGAUUGCCCAGAAU